GCAAAGCAAGGAAGUGAUGGGAACAGCAUUUGUGAUGAAGGCUACAUGGCAAGAAGUGAUGACAAACCUAGCACAAGCAGUCACAGCAGAGAUUUCAAUGCAAGAAGUGAAGACAUCCCUGCCAUGAGUGUUAAUGAUGAAGAUUAUUCUUCAUAUUUAACUCUCGUGGCAUCGCUUUCUGGCGAUUCUUCAGAUGAUGAGGAUUUAAAUCAAGCUAUAAUUGCGAGCUUGGAGAAUCAGAUUGCAGAAAAAGUCCCUGUUCAAGAGAUACUGCUGGAACUAUCAAGCAAAAUUAGCACAAAACAGCAGUGCAAAUUUAACAUAAAUCGCUCUGCUGUGUGGGAGGGAGCCUUGCGUGUUUUCAGAGGCUAUCUUAUGAUCCCAACUUGAUGAUCUGUGUGAAAUUCUCAGAUGAUAUGGGGAAAAAUGAGGAAGGGGUUGAUUUAGGCGGGCCAAGGAGGGAAUUCUUGAGACUAUUGAUGGACACCAUUGCCAGGUCAGCCAUGUUUGAGGGGAAAGAAAACUGCAAGAACUUGGCUCUUGACAGUACUGCUCUCAGAGGGGACUGGUACUACAUCUCUGGCAGAGCCAUUGCAGUGAGCUUGGUACAUGGUGGUCCACCACCUAACUUUCUGUCACCAACAGUAUUUUCUCUUCUGGUUGGAAAUUCAGCAAAUCCAGCCCUGGAAGACAUAGCUGACCUGGAACUCUUCGAAAAAGUCAAAAAGAUAUCUCAAAGUACAACCCUUCAGGACCUUGAAAAGUCAAAAGAACCUCUGCUUGAUUACUUGGCCAAUGCAGGAUGCCUGAGGCCUAUGCGUUCACUAAGAGACAGGGAUCUGCUGGUACAUGAUAUUGUCAUGUUUCAGGUCAUCCACAGGGUUCAAGGUCCAUUUCAAAGAUUUUGUGAAGGUCUGAAAACUCUUGGGGUUCUCGAGAAAAUGAGGAGGCAUCCAGACAGCUUUCGCCCUCUUUUCUGCUAUGAGCCACAUAUGCUGACUGCUGACCAGGUGGAUGAUCUUUUCAACAUUCAUCUAUCUCCAGAAGGAAGCAACAGAAGAGCUGGUUGUUACCUUCUGGAGAGACUAUCUCCAAGAUGCAGAAGAAGAAGAAGGACCUUCCAAAUUACAGAAGAUAUUGGCCUUUGCAACUGGAGCAACUGCGGUGCCACCUAUUGGCUUUUCCCCAGCACCCUCGAUUGAGUUCAUUCAUAGAGGAGACGAUGACUUCUCUUCUACACCAAUUUUCCCUCUUGCCAACACGUGUGUUAACUGCAUUAGGCUGCCACUGCAUGUUUCAUACCAGCUGUUCAAGGAGAAGUUUGAUUUUGCAUUAGGUAACACUUACGGCUUUGGCAGGGUAUGAACACAUUAUGCUGGAGGAGUUUGCAUGUUUCUCUUUUGUAUUGGUCUCUCUACUGAUUCAAAGUGAGUAAUGAGUAUUAACUUGUUAAGGUUUUAAUAUUUCCAAAUUUACCUGCCUCGGUCAAAUUGAUGUUUUAAGACAUCAAUUUGACAAGAAGUGAUUGUUCUUCAGGAUUCAUGCAGGUAGAUACCAAUUGUUUAACAGCACUUCAGAAAUUUAUUUAGAUUGUUGAGUUUGAAUAUACAAAAUUUGUGUCACUUUACUCAUUUCAUGUGUAUGUGCAUCUGUUUUUGAUUUGGUUGUCUGUUUAUUCUUCUGCCUGUGUCAGUUUCUGUUUGACAACAGAGCUGUCAUUUUAUCAUUUUAAAGAAAAUGGUUUCAAUAUGUUAGUUUCGAUCAGAUGUUUUCUGAAAUGUUUUUUUUAUAUUUUUAUAUUUUUUAUUUUUUGCAAAAUAUUUGAUUUAAUGUAGACGGUGUAAAAGUGAAGAAAACACAUCUAUUCCAUGAUUUCCAUCAUUUUCUAAUGGAUUCACUUGUUGAAUUAUGUUCAUUGCAGUCUCGUUUAUGUUGAUGUCAAUAUCUGGAAUAUUGACAUUAUUGUUUGUUUGAAGUUCUGGUAAUGGCCCUUCUUCAUCAACGCCAUAAUAGUUAUCAACAUGAAAAAUGUCAUUUAUAAACGACAGGAUUCCCACAUUGUUUGUGACACCUGUAUGCCACAGCUGAAGAGGGGUCUGUCCUCCUUGUGUAGAGAGACCAUGGUUGUUCCACUGAUUGACAAAUUCUGUUAAUGCUCUUUCAAUCCUUGGCAAAUAAACAUAAUGCAGACAAAAAAGAUGUAGCUCAUUCAGUGAAUCCAACAAACCCUGUUCUUCCAUAAAGUUAAAGAUAUUUAUAAAGUGUCUUGAUACAACUCUGUUGAGUUCUGCCCACAGUCUUUCAAUUCUUUGGUUAUGUACUGAAACACCUGUAAUAACACUGCCUACUCCUCUUCUCUGUAACAUAAAACGAGCAACCUGUAUAUUUUCCAUACCAUGAUCACACCUGACCCUUAAGGGCAAACCAAAGUUUUGUAUUCCUUCCAAAAAUAAUGACAAGACACUUGAGGCUCUGUUAUUGGAUAAGCAACGUAAGUAUAUGAUAGUUCGGCUGAAGCCAUCAACACAGCCAUGCAGGACCAAGCGCCAUCUAAUCAACUUGUGGUUGCCGUCAAAAUGCCUGUUGAGAGAUCAGAAAGCAUUACUACAGU